AUCCAGAAUGCUGACGUUACUCUUGCGGAUUGACGCAGCUCCGGUUUGGCUAACAACAAUGAGAGGAGCAGCAAAAUGAACCAAACUGUAAAAUAUUAAAGAGCUUCUAUAAGGUACAGUAGAUAAAUAUGUGCAGAUUUAUGAAUGAAACUUAAACUCAUUUUGAGAAUUUGUGUUUAAUUUGUUAGCUAGCACGGCCAACUGCUCGGGUGUGUACGUGGAACCAAGGGAGUAAAGUAAAGGCUAAAGCUAAAGCUAAUGCUAAUGCUAAAGCUAACCAACAACAACCGUCGUUGAGCAAAGUUUAAUCCAAGCACAUAAUUAAUCUAAUGUUUUAAUGGUUUAUAGUAGGAGAGGCUGUCUUAAACGCAUUAAAGUCACAGCGAUUAUGUAAUCACUGAUUACUUUUUAAUGAGGCAAAUAAAACACUUUUAUUUUAACAUGUUUUAUCAUUAUUUACACACAGAGAGCCCAACGAGAGAAACGUUAAUGUAACCUUUGUGCAUUUGUGUUUUAAUGCACUGAUAAAGAAACAUUUAAAUGCAUUUUAAAGCUAAUAAAACAAACUUAUUCAAGAUUUUAGGAAAAUAUAAAGAAUAUAAUAAGGUCUGAUUUACUUUGGUCCAGUUUUAAAGGCUGUUAUUGGGAAUUAUGUUCAUUAACUUUGACUCCUGUGCUGACAUUACACACAGAUAAUGUUGGUUAGAGCAUUAAGACAGGUUAAGGAUGAAGGUAGAAGUUAUUGUUAAAGCAGCAUUUUUUAGAACAAAUGUAGGGGAGACUGGGGUAAGUUGAUCCACCCCUUCUGUUUCUUAGAAAUGGUCAAAGAAAUUGACCAUGUGACCAAAUCUCUAGGAGAUGGGCAUCAAAAACCCGGGCGUAAUUUUUAACUUUGAGCUCAGUUUUAUUCCACACAUCAAAAACAUAAAGUUUUUUUUUUUUACCGCCUUAAGGAUAUAACCAGAGUCCGCCCUUUUCUCUCCCAGGCCAGCAGGAGGUGAUGAUGCUUUUAUCUCCUCUCGUUUAGAUUAUUGUAACGCCCUGCUCUCUGGCCUCCUCAAGAAGAACUUACAGACACUUCAGCUUUUACAGAAUUCAGCUGCAAGAGUUCUGACAAGGGCCAGAGGGCCAGAGCAUAUAACCCCAGUUUUAGCAUCGCUGCAUUGGCUCCCCGUCCGUUUCAGGAUGGAUUUUCAGGUUCUUCUCUUAUUAGUUUUUAGAUGUGUUAAUCUCUCGGGAUCCUCAGAGUCGCAGAAACUGUUGAUGUUUUUAAGAAGAGGCUCAAAACUCUCCUUUUUAACCAGGCUUUUACUAAUUACCUUUUUAUAUUUCUCUUAUUGCAAAUUUCUAUUUUAAUCAAAGGUCUUAAUGUUUUUUUUGUUAUUUUAUUAAUGAUCAGUUCUUAGUCUUUUUUUAAUUCCCACCAUAGAGGUUUAUACUUCUUUUACCCCUUUUAUUUUUUCAUUUAUUUAUUCUUUAUUUCAUUCAUUUAAAAAUAAAAAGAAACCUUUUUUUUUAAAUACAAAUGUUCUCCUAUCUUGAAUGACAGGGAGCAGAGAGAAGACUAAUCUUACUUUAUCUGCCCCUUUAUCCCCAGAAAUCAGUUUACAAAGAACAAACUUAAAAUAAUAAAAUGAAAUAAAAUAAAAAAGCAACAACUGCAUAAACAAAACACAACAAAAAAAUAUAUAUAAUAAAAUAAAAUAUAGCUGCUGGCCACCACAGACAGUCAUAUACCAUUUAUUUCCCAAGUUACAAUUUCAUUUAAUGAUACUCAAACAACAACAAAAUUACAAUGGUUUGACAAUCAGAUAUAACUAACAUAUUUCCUUAACAUACUGGCUUUAAUUAGUCUUUUAAAUGUACCUGGUGAAGAGCUCUUACUUAUCUGUUCUUUUUUUUUUUUUUUUUUUUUUUUUUUAGUCCAUCAGGUUUUACUCUUUCUUUUCACCAUUUUUAUCUUUUAUCUUCAGUGUUUCUCAGAGGUAUCUCUCUCCUCGUGUAAUGUCUCGGAGUCAGGCCACGUCUCUCUAACAAUAUAUCUUUAAUUCUCACUCUGUGUGCGCUUGUGUGUGUGUGUGUGGGGGGGGGGGGGGGGGGUUCCUCUGUGAGGCACUUUGAACUACAUUUUCUGUCCAAAAAGUGCCAUAAAUAUAAAGUUUAAUUUGAAAUUUGAAUUUGAACUCAUUAUGUCCCAUGUUUUGUUUUGUUCUGCUUAUUUUAGGUUGUAACCUGCCCACUGACGCGGCUGGAUGCAGAGACAGCUUAUUUUAUUUGCUCACAAAGCUGUCUCUAUUGGCCAACGACCAUUUUGCUCACUCAUCUGGAGAGUUUGCAGAGCCUCCUCAUACGUCAAACCUCCACUUUGUACUUUAUAUGUGUUUGAUUUUUCCAAGGACAGACACCGUAUCUCUGUGGUAUCUCAUAGGAAGAGAUUUUUCCAGAACACUGUCCCCCGUCUUACCCCACAUCAGCGUUUCUCCAGUGAGCCAGACAUGUCAGAACAGAGGUUUAUAGUGGAAUAUGCCAAGCGAGGCACUGCCGGAUGUAAAAAAUGCAAGGACAAAAUCGCAAAGGGCAUAGUGCGCAUAGGGAAGAUUGUGCCCAACCCUUUCAGCGAGUCUGCUGGAGAGAUGAAAGAGUGGUACCAUGUGAAGUGCAUAUUUGAAAAGCUGGAAAGGGCAAGAGCCACUACCAAGAAGAUUGAGGACAUCACAGAACUGGAGGGCUGGGAGGAGCUGCAGGACGAAGACAAGGAGCUCAUAAAUAAACAUGUUUCAGGUACACUGUCAAAACUCUUCAAGUUUUUCCACAGUCAAAGACUUCUUCCCCUGUAACAUCUUGUUCAAUACUCCAUCACACAUUUGAAAUGUAAUCAGCUUUAACUUCACACAUAUCUUAAAGAGCAGCAGUCUGUUGAUUUCAAAUAUAAGUCUUGAUGUAGAAGGACAGCAGGAAGAAUAAGUCAUAACUACUACUGCUGUCAUUUUUAUCAUUUAACAGUGAUGGUUCCACUCUGGCGGCAUUUCCUCGUCAUACUCACAGGAAAUUUUUGGUUUUAACUGGAGCAGCAUAAAAACUAAUAUUAACAGUCUUUUCAAAUCAACAUUAUACUGAAGCGUUGCAGAGAUGACUUGUUGUAAAAGCUUCCUUUUAACUUGUUGGUUUGUCUUUGCUCUUGUGUAUUUAAGUUGAGCUCAUCCUCAUGUCCUGUCAUAUGAAAUGGAUCCUUAUUUGUCUUGUAGACCUGAUGGCCAAAGUCAACUCCUCUCCUAAGAAGAAGGUGCAGGCCAAGAUGAACACUAGCGGCAAGCUGAUGGCUCCUCCUGCUGAUCCGUCUGUCAACGCGCCGCGCAAAUUCUCCGGCUUCACCGGUAAGACACAACUUCCUCAGUUCGGUGGUUUCUUAUUUGGUCUGAUGUCGUUAUUACAGUAAAUGUUACUGAAAUUAUGAGACGGUCUCAGUUUGAGAAUCUCUUUGUUCAGUCAGGGUCAUAAAGGCUCUCAGUGCACCGGUGUCUGAAUCUGCCUCAGUGAACUUUCUCUUUGAAAGUGAUAAAGUGUUAAAACUAAAGACUGAAUAUCCAGAAUAUUCUACCCAGCAUGCAUCGGUGCAGGUCAGUUCAGUUUGGAUCAUUACUUUUACUCUGGAUGACAGUCCUGUUGUUGUAGAGUCAGCAUAAAAACACUGAAGAUCAGCGCAAUAAAUACAAACCUGAUAAGGAAGUUAAGGCAUUAAGGUGCUCUUACUUUAUUUACAACAUAGAAUAUAAAAAAAUGUUUAUGUGACAAAAGUAAGAAAAGCAAUUGUACUAAAAAAAGGAUAAGAUAAGGAGCAGGACUGUGCGGGGAGCAGAUAAAUGAUAAGUUCUGAAACAAUUAAAUUUGAGACCUCCUAUCACAAGUGGGAUCAAGGAGAACUUGAACCCUUUUCUUUUAAUAUGCACGCUAUCUGGAAUUAAAGAGGAUCAUCUCCAGAUUCACUUUGAUAGAUUAAAAUAGAUUAAUCUGUCUGCUUUUUUUUUCUACAUUUAUAUCUCGACUCUAACUCAUAAAUAAAAGAGUCAGGACUGGAAUCGAUCUGUUAAACCAUCAGCUUUAUUGCAGCUCCAUAAACUCAGAAAAGAGCUGCUGUUUGUUGUCCUAUCUGAGAUGUUGUGUCACUUUCAAAGAUCAGAAACCAUCUGCUUAUGUUAGAACCAUUAUUGAUCAUAACGGUGGAGCUUUUAUCAGGACAGGAGCACAGAGAGCUUUUUGAAAACAUGUUAAAAGACACGAUUGAGUAAAAAUGUAAAUAAAAAUGUAAAUACAGACAGAGAAAAAAUAAAUGGUUAAAGCAGGAACAUGUCACAAGAGAGGACCUCAAACAUGGCUAAAGGUAAUAAAAGUGACCAAUCAAAGCUAACAUAAAUACUCACCGGCCACUUUAUUAGGUACACCAUGCUAGUAACGGGUUGGACCCCCUUUUGCCUUCAGAACUGCCUCAAUUCUUCGUGGCAUACAUUCAACAAGGUGCUGGAAGCAUUCCUCAGAGAGCUUGGUCCAUAUUGACAUGAUGGCAUCACACAGUUGCCGCAGAUUUGUCGGCUGCACAUCCAUGAUGCGAAUCUCCCGUUCCACCACAUCCCAAAGAUGCUCUAUUGGAUUGAGAUCUGGUGACUGUGGAGGCCAUUUGAGUACAGUGAACUCAUUGUCAUGUUCAAGAAACCAGUCUGAGAUGAUUCCAGCUUUAUGACAUGGCGCAUUAUCCUGCUGAAAGUAGCCAUCAGAAGUUGGGUACAUUGUGGUCAUAAAGGGAUGGACAUGGUCAGCAACAAUACUCAGGUAGGCUGUGGCGUUGCAACGAUGCUCAAUUGGUACCAAGGGGCCCAAAGAGUGCCAAGAAAAUAUUCCCCACACCAUGACACCACUACCACCAGCCUGAACCGUUGAUACAAGGCAGGAUGGAUCCAUGCUUUCAUGUUGUUGACGCCAAAUUCUGACCCUACCAUCCGAAUGUCGCAGCAGAAAUCGAGACUCAUCAGACCAGGCAACGUUUUUUCAAUCUUCUAUUGUCCAAUUUCGAUGAGCUUGUGCAAAUUGUAGCCUCAGUUUCCUGUUCUUAGCUGAAAGGAGUGGCACCCGGCGUGGUCUUCUGCUGCUGUAGCCCAUCUGCCUCAAAGUUCGACGUACUGUGCGUUCAGAGAUGCUCUUCUGCCUACCUUGGUUGUAACGGGUGGUUAUUUGAGUCACUGUUGCCUUUCUAUCAGCUCGAACCAGUCUGGCCAUUCUCCUCUGACCUCUGGCAUCAACAAGGCAUUUCGCCCACAGAACUGCCGCUCACUGGAUAUUUUUUCUUUUUCGGACCAUUCUCUGUAAACCCUAGAGAUGGUUGUGCGUGAAAAUCCCAGUAGAUCAGCAGUUUCUGAAAUACUCAGACCAGCCCUUCUGGCGCCAACAACCAUGCCACGUUCAAAGUCACUCAAAUCACCUUUCUUCCCCACACUGAUGCUCGGUUUGAACUGCAGGAGAUUGUCUUGACCAUGUCUACAUGCCUAAAUGCACUAAGUUGCCACCAUGUGAUUGGCUGAUUAGAAAUUAAGUGUUAACGAGCAGUUGGACAGGUGUACCUAAUAAAGUGGCCGGUGAGUGUAUAUUCAGCUGCAUCGUGAAUUAUCAGGGGUGAUAUGAGAGGUGUGCUUGGUCUUUUUUCAGAGCUUCUAUUGUUAAAUAACAUCACAACAAACAACAGAGAACACGGAAAAACACGAAACAAAGAGAGAGAGGGAGAGCUGUAACAAAGAGAGGAGAGUAUUUGAAAUGAGAUUAAACUGAAAUUAAAGUAAAGUCAGUAUUAAAAAUGGACUACAAUGGCACCAUUAUGUUUAAUAUAUGAAUAAAGUGAGCAUGGAUAUGGAUUGGUGUUACAUGAUCAAGAGUUUUUUAAUUAGGAGUUUAGCAGGAAGAAAAUUAACAAUUUGGCGGAGAGGAUAAGGAGAGAACCUGAAGAGAGAAAGAAACGAACAGAAGAAGGAUUAAUUAAUUAAGAUGAGAGUAAACAAAGAAAAGUGUUUCAUCUCAGUGAGACCGCAGGAUUUUGAACACAGAGCUCGUACUAAAGCUGGUAAAGAUGGUGUUUCAAUAAUCCAGGCAGGAAGAAAUAAAAGCACAGAUGUUUGUUCUUUUGUGUUUUUAUCAGAUAAAAUUGUCCAAAUCCAACAAAAGUUUCUGUGCUAAAUAAACACGACUGAUCCAAACUCAAAACUCUGUUAAAAACAUCCUCCAUGUGUCCAACAUGUGUUUGAGGAGUUUGUCAGGAACAACGAUGAGCACCUCAGUUUAUUGCAUUUAAAGGGUUUUUAUAUUUUAUAUGAUUUAAUUAACAGUAAAACUAUGAAAUAAGUGAUGACAGAUGAUUUGACCUGAAAGAAUCGUGUACAGGGAGAACAGAGGUGGACCGAGAAUAGAGCCCUGAGGUACUCCACAUGUGGUCUGAGCAGAUAAAGAGUCGAAUAUGUCGACAGAAUCAUAACCUGUUCGCCUGGUCAGUCAGUGGAGGAUGGUCCGCCAUGUUUAAAUCUGUGAUACAGUAAAGCAGUGCGAACAUCGGACAGUGUCCAGACUCAGCUGAUACGGCUGCUUUUGUGAUUGACUUUGAUGAAAAAUGCUUUUGAUGAUUUCUAGAAGUGGAUUUUAAACCAGUUUCUUAAGAAUUUAAAAAACAAAAGGACAUUUUGGGAUUGUUUUUAUUUUAUCAUCAGAGGUCAUUCAGCACAUGCAGUUUUAAAGGAAUCUGUUUUCCAGAUCUGUGGGAGUCAGUAAAUAAAAGUGUGACUGUGAAUUUCUCUCUGUUAAGUUCUGAUCCGAUCAUUUCUAUGGUUUCAGCUGCAAAAGCUGGCAGCUCCAGCAGCCCAGGACCGUCCUCCUCCGCUUCUCCGGCCAAACCCAGCCAGGGCAGCGCUCUGUCCACCCAGCUGUGUGACCCCAACCACAAGGACUGCCUCCUCAGAGAGUUUCGCAAACUCUGCGCCACAGUGGCCGAAAACAACAGCUACAACACCAAGACGCAGAUCAUCGAGAAGUUCCUGAAGAAGGGCUCAGGAGGAGGUGGGUUUCACUUUUAGUUCUUUUGUCUUUGUUGUUGUUAAAAUCAGGUUUUCCAGGUUUAAAAUGUUUCUCUUAAAUCUUUGUUUUUCCGUCUUAGAUAAAUUCCACGGAGAUCUUUACCUGACAGUGAAGCUCCUCCUCCCAGGCGUGGUCAAAAGCGUCUACAACCUCAACGACAAGCAGAUCGUCAAACUCUUCAGCCGCAUUUUCAGAUGUAACCAGGAUGACAUGGUCCGGGAUCUGGAACAGGUUUGUGAUCUCUGAGGUCUAUGAACCGUCUGUCAGGACUGAUGUUUGUCCAAUAACUGCUUAUCUCUGUCUUCUAAGGGUGACGUGUCUGAGACGGUGAGGAUGUUCUUCGAGGACAGUAAAUCAUUUCCUCCGGCCUCCAAGAGCCUCUUGACCAUCCAGGAAGUAGACGCGUCCCUGACCCGCCUCGCCCAGCUGACCAAGGAGGAUGAUCAGCAAACGGAGCUGGAGGCGAUUGCCAAAAAGUACGAAAAUUCAUCAUCAUCAUCUGUCGUGUCAAUUAAUCCUGGAAGAACAAAAGGGUUAGAAAAUCAAAUCAAUAAAACGAAGAGGAUUACCUCACUGAAAUAUGUCGACAAACAUUUCUGGCUCUUUUAAUUUCUAGUAAAUGAAACCCAAACAUGACAUCUGACCCUUAGUGUUGAUGCUGAUCAGGGAUCUCCAGAUCAGCUGUUUAGACCCUAAUUCUGAUUCAUUUCAGUCCCAUCAGUUACUUACGUUUCCCUCAGUAACAGAGCUGCACACUUUUUUUCUGAACAAAAAUAAAACACUAAAGUAAAUCAGUCAACUGUUUGAUGUCUUCAGUCAGUGUUGUUUAAAAACUCACAUAUACGUGUAUCAUCUGUUUUCCAUGCUCUGCUGUGUGAGACCCCUGACUCUGGGCGGCGUUGUGGCGUUGCAAACUUCAAAUAUAAAGUGGAGGAAUCAGUCCAAACAAGGACACGAGUGUAGCUCUAAUUUCUGUGAACAAACAAACAGCUGUCACAGCAGAAAUGACCUCAAACCUGCAUCCUUGUACCAUGAGGACAGGCUGGCACCCUCCUUCUCUGCCGACCUUUUAGCUCUUCUCUUUAAAGCCCAGAGUUUUAGCUUCACUCCAGCAGCCUCUCUCUCUGCGCUGUACCCUGUUGCAUGCUGGGGUUUUAAGUCGUUGCAUUAAACGUGAAGUAUUGGCGGCGCUCUACUGCGAGUGCUCCCAUGAAACAGUGGUGUUGUUUAUAUUUCUGUAGGUCUUAAAAAUAUCCUUCCGCCCUCCUGAGGAUUUGGCCCUGGUGUUGCUGAUGCAGACAGACUUUUGCGACGGUUUUUCUCUGUAUUUGUUAAUGUUGCACUUACUCGUUUCCUCCUGUUUCGCUCGCUCAGUCUUUUUAUUCGCAGUACUUGUUGACUUUUGCAGUUUUUGCUUCUUUUAGGGUCGUACGCCUCAGGCUCAACCGAAAUAAACGAAAUGUCGUAUUUUAUGACAUUGGUGAGGGCAAAAAGAACAACUCGUGUCAAAGCUGUGUUCUUGUUUAUCCGACACAUUUGUUUUCAAGCCGGCUGAGAAACAGCAGGUUCCUCUGAAUACCUCACAGCUUUGCUGGAUCAAAGAACUACAAAGUGAAAACCUGCACGCUGUUUUCUUCACAGAUGCACCAGUAAUGACCUGAAAUGUAUCAUCCGACUCAUAAAACACGACCUGAAGAUGAACGCAGGAGCGAAACACGUGUAAGUUCACUCUGUCACGAUCAAACUGAAAACUGUCUCGAUGAUCUGAAAAGACGACACGUUCAUCCUAACCUUGAACUCUUCGUUUACACAGUUUAGACGCCGUGGAUCCAAACGCUUACGAUGCCUUCAAGGCCUCUCGUAAUCUCGGUGACGUGGUUGAGCGGGUUUUGAGGAACCAGCAGGAGGCGUCCAAUGGUUCAGGACCCAGGAAGCUCCUCACCAUAGAGGCCUCACUCAUGACCCCCGUUCAGCCCAUGUUGGUAAGUAACACGAACUAAAAACUGUUUUUUCAGACGAUUCCCUGAAAGACGAACUUAGAAUAAGCAAAGCAAAGAUUAAACCAGGUCACAUGAUCAAAUCAAACAGACUCAAGCAGUAAAACCAGUUAUCAUAAGCAUCCAUCAAUCCAUCCAUCCGUCCAUCUAUUCAUCCAUCUAACCAUCAAUCCAUAUAUCCAUCAAUCCAUCCAUCCAUCAGUCCAUUUAUCUAUCCAUCCAUCUAACACCAUCAAUCUAUCCAUCCAUCCAUCUAAACAUCCAUCCAUCAAUUCAUCCAUCAAAUAUCCAUCCAUCCAUCAAUCAAUCCAUCCAUCCAUCUAACCAUCCAUCCAUUCAUCCAUCAGUCCAUUUAUCUAUCCAUCCAUCUAACACCAUCAAUCUAUCGAUCCAUCCAUCUAACCAUCCAUCCAUCAAUUCAUCCAACCAUCCAUCUAAUACCAUCAAUCUAUUCAUCCAUCAAAUAUCCAUCCAUCCAUCAAUCAAUCCAUCCAUCCAUCCAUCCAUCCAACUAUCCAUCCAUUCAUCCAUCCAUCAAUCAAACAUCAAUUCUUUCAUCCAUCCAUCCAUCCAUCUAACCAUCCAUCCAUCCAUCCAUCAAUCAAUCCAUCCAUCCUUCUAACCAUCCAUCCAUCCAUCAAUCAAUCAAUCCAUCAUCCAUCUAACCAUCCAUCCAUCCAUCCAUCCAUCCAUCCAUCCAUCCAUCUGUCUGUCCAUCCAUCCAACAGCCACUAUCCAUCCAUUAAUCUGUCCAUCUAACACCCUAUAUCCAUCCAUCCAACAUCAGCCAUCCAUCCAUCCAUCUGUCUAUCUAACACCAUCCAUCCAUCUGUUGAACAUCAAUCCAUCCAUCCAUCAAUCAAUCCAUCCAUCCAUCUAACCAUCCAUCCAUCCAUACAUCCAUCCACCCAUCCAUCCAGCUGACAGACAUUUAAAUUAUUCCAUUGAUCUUUUAUUUAACCAGGUUGGUCCCAUUGAGAUUACAAAUCUCUGUUAGGUAGUUUCUCCCACCUUCACUUUCUUUCCUGAAGAUCCACACAGACCCUCAGAGUCUCUCUCACUCGUCUUGAACUUCACAGGAUGUUGAACAGACUCUGUUUUUCCAGCUGCUGCCUCCUCCUCCUCUUCCUCCUCUUCAUCAGUGUGUAUCCUUACAGACAGCAGCUGGACCUCACUGAUAACUCUGAGCUGUAAAACUUCACUAAUCCUGAGUCUCAUCUCCUAAACCACAGCAUUAACUCUGCACUCUGAAUCUAUGUGUUUUCCACUCACUGACCGUUUCACCGCACAUUACACAGCUCGCCUUAAAUUACACGCUUUAACACAAGAGUCAUUAAGUUCAUCUGCGCUCACUUUAUGAAUGAAUCACACAGUAAAGUCCUGAAAAAUGUCCCUUUAGAGCUUCCUUAUGUUAGAAAAAGAGGUGAACCUCCACUGGUAUUUAGUGAUGAAGUGGUCUGUGUGAAGGAGACUCCACGACUGAAUCUGUUAGGAGUUUGUUUUUCUUCUAAACUGUUGAGCAGCUGAAACCAAAGACAUCAAAUGUGUUUGUGUGAAAUAAUGAACUCUCAAAACUCUAAAACUGGUCACAGAGGGAAAUAUUCAAACUUUUUCAAACAUAUUCAUGUCAAAAAAUGUAAAAAACUAACAAAUAUUUUUGAUUAUACAAUAAAACUGACGUUUUUAAGCUUAAUCUGCUGUUUUUGCACCAUUUCCAAUAGAGUAUAGAGAAUCAACCUAACCCAGUCCUUAUUCAGCUCCUUUUCUUCUUGAUUAUCAUCCUUGUUUUGCUUAUAAUACAGCUCGACGAUGAGAAUAAGAUGCACAUAAUCAAAUUUAAGGAAAUGGAGUAGCAGAGGCUGGAGGAUGAACUCUUAAAUGAGUUCUCUUCUCUGUGAGGAUUUGUUUCAGCUCAUGAUCGUUUUCUUCCCCGAUUUCAGGCAGAGGCGUGUAAAUCCGUCGAAUACGCCAUGAAGAAGUGUCCCAACGGGAUGUACUCUGAGAUCAAGUACGACGGAGAGCGAGUGCAGGUCCACAAGAACGGAGACAACUUCAGCUACUUCAGCCGCAGCCUCAAACCCGUGUUACCGCACAAGGUCAGCCCAUCAGAAACACUCCUGAAUAUGAAAUCACUCUCUGUCCUCCAGCUUCGAGGAGAAGUUCAAACACGGAGGAGUCUGAGAUGAACAUUUAUGACACAUGAGGAGACCAUGAGCUCAUGAGGGAUGAUCUUGCAGAUGUUAGAAUAAAAACUUGUUCUCACACCCAGAAGAACAGCGUUUCCUUGUUGGGCUGAUAAAGAUAUUGGACAUGGGAACGCCUCACAUUACUGGUUUCUCUCUGCACAUGUCCAGUCCAGAGUUAAACUCCACAACAGCUGUUCAGAAGAGAAGAAGGUCAGAUGUUCAUGUUGAGUGAACAGCUGCAGGUCCAGGCUGAUGUUGGAGGAGGGUCACACGUGGUAUCGUGACCUUAAAGAUCCAGGGCGAGCCAAUUUGGCGUCAUAGUUUCCAAGUUCUUCUCUUCAGCUCACACACACACACACACACACAGAUUUUUGUGGGGUCACAGCUGAACAGAGUUUUGAUGUUGUCGUCGCUUCAUCAUUAAUCUGAUUUGUUCCAGAUUUGAUCAGAUUUGCUGGUCCCAGAUUAUCAAGUCUUGCUCUGGUUCCUCCUCAGUCCCUGACCCCUCAUGUGGUCUGUGCUCCUGCGUCUGUUUCAGGUGGUCCAUUUUAAGGACUACAUCCCUCAGGCCUUUCCCGGGGGCAACAGUAUGAUAUUAGACGCUGAGGUCCUCCUAAUUGACACCAACACCAGUAAACCUCUGCCCUUCGGGACGCUCGGCGUUCACAAGGUGAGAACACAACAGCCAAUUAGCACCUCAUAUUCCUGGACUCGUGUUUGUCUGUGUCCACCGGGUGAAGCUGAACCUCACACUCUGUUGUUUCCUCCGCCCCCCUUCAGAAAGCGGCCUUUCAGGACGCCAACGUGUGCCUGUUUGUCUUUGACUGUAUUUACUUCAACGGCGUCAGUCUCAUGGAGAGGUAAUGUGCUCUUUUCAGGAGUGAUGCUGUUAUACACUCACAAACCUCAACACACGAACCCACACUGGAGCAUAGACGUGAAACUUUCUAGAUGAUCUUUGUAGAGUUUCAAAUCUUCUUCAUUUAUUUUGGAGUUUGAUAGUUUGACUUUAUAAGAUUACACAUCUUCUACAGAGUGAAUAUUAUCAAUAAUACUAAUGUUUUUUUAUCAGUAUUAUUGAUAAACUGAUUGGCCGCCUCUCCGAGUUCGUCUCCUCUAUCGUGGUCAAACACUGACGCAGGAAUUUAGUGAGUUUCAGGUUUUAGCGCAGACUCUUGUUCCGAUCAGUUUACAUCAUUUCUCGGAUUAUGAAAACAUUUAUUAAAACUUUACAUACAUUUAGUAAAGACACCGAGUAUUUUAACUUUGUAGUUUUGUUGUCAGUGUGGAAAAGCAUGAUACCGGCCCUUUAAAUAACAGUCUGAUUGAGCUUAAACACAGUCGUCUGUAAGUCCAGAGACAGAAGACCGACUCGUUCAGGUUAAACGUCUUUUUCUCAUGUUUAUUUUAAAGGUGACGACUUAACCUCACUGCAGCAUUUUCUCCAACAUCAGUGACCUUGAAUACCCUCACAGAAACACUAACCCUCAGUUAAACAUAUUUCUGCUGUAAUAUUGUACGUCACCUGAUGUUACCCUGUCGUUUCCUCCAGACCUCUGUGCGAACGCAGGAAGUUCCUCCAUGACAACAUGGUGGAAGUCCCGAACAGGAUCCUGUUCUCAGAGAUGAAACACGUCACUGUGAGUCAAACUCUGAAUGUGUGUUUAAACGUCUGUAACACACCUGAUAUUAAACACGUGUGUGUGUUUAUGUGUGUGUCAGAGAGCAGCUGAUCUGGCCGAUAUGAUCACCCGUGUCAUCAGAGAGGGACUGGAGGGUCUGGUGCUCAAAGACUUAAAGGUGCGUUACUUUAGUGUUCGACUCCUAAUGAAACGAAGUAGAGAAAUAUAAGGAGACUUAAGCUGUGUGUGUGUGUGUGUGUGUGUGUGUGUGUGUGUGUGUGUGUUUAUGAAUCAGGGAUCUUAUGAACCAGGGAAACGUCACUGGCUGAAGGUGAAGAAGGACUACCUGAACGAGGGGGCGAUGGCGGACACAGCAGACCUGGUGGUUCUGGGAGCUUUCUACGGAAAAGGCUCCAACGGUCAGUCACAUCUGUUCCUAAAUCCUCACACUCUAAAGGACACUUCAGACCUUUGAAGCUCUCACCCCUAAUUUUCACCACAUCCACAACAGCGUCCGCCAAUUCCUACCAGAUCCGUUUGUGAGGCAAAUUUCGUGGCAGGUUACGGACAGUCUGUGCUGAAUUUAUCCGCCAUGCUCCGGCGUCCAGAAAAAAUAGAACUCUUGUGAUCAGCUGAGGAGUCCGGCGAUCCGCAGAGGAACGGAAAGAAGUCGGUGUAAAUUGACACGUUAACUUGAAUGGUUACGAUCAGCUACGAUCGGAGGAUACGACCUUUUAGGAGACGAUCAGGAUGAAGGUGGAGAUCGGGGGUCAGGGAGUCCCAGGACUGUAAAAUGAGAGCGCAAAUAUCCCCCCCUGACGUACCAGAGGGUCUGUUCUGUUUGCUGUAAAUCACUGAGGUACAAAUUCAUCGACUGAACUCAGACAAGAUGGUUGGGAUGGAAAUAAAAGAGUUGAUUAAGCCGCCUUCGAACAAACAGUGAUCAGCCGAGAACAGGUGAGAAAUAUGCAGAUGAAGCAUAAAGAGAGGAUAUAAUGGGUACGAGAUGGAAACAGGCAGGAAGUAGAAGACAUUGAGGAGGCUGGUUAAUGAGCGUUCUGUAAAGUGGAGACAUAAAAGAUGCAAAAACAAAGGUACAAAUCUGAGAAGCAUGGCUAAUGAAGACAGCGGCGCACGCAGCGUGACGGCGAGCUAAAAGAGCGGAAACAACAAAUCAGAUGAAACAGACUGAGAGACAACAAACAGAUCCACGGGGCGCCGAGGUUUAGAGAGGCGGGUUUGUAGAGGGUUCGAGGGGAACUGUGCAGAAAGACCAGAGCAGGAGUUAUGAAGUGGAGCUGCAGGGUCACUCAUCUCUGUGCUCUUCCACCCACCAGGGGGCAUCAUGUCCAGCUUUCUAAUGGGCUGCUACGACCCGCACUCCAAGAAGUGGUGCACCGUCACCAAGUGCUCGGGAGGCUACGAUGACGCCAUGCUGGCCCGGCUCCAGAAAGAACUGGAUGUGAUCAAAAUCAGCAAGGUCAGAGAGGAUCCACUUAGCGACCAGCCCGGAAUAUCGAGCGGCUGUAAUAAAGUCCAAGAUGAAUCUGUGUGUGUCUGUGUGUGUCUCUCUUUGUGUAGGACCCGAGCAAAAUCCCCGGCUGGCUGAAAAUCAUCAAGAACUAUUAUCCUGAUUUCAUUAUUCGUGAUCCUGAGGUGAGAUCUCUCUCCUCAGCACAUUUUCAGCCCGGCCGUAUAUCUGCAGAAACUCUUGCAUGUGUCUUCUUGGAGACAAAUCUCCACAUAAAUUGCUCUCAAACGUACUGAGAUAAUGACCACCGCAGCUGCAGAGCUGGGAGGUGUUUUCAAACGGCAUCUCCUCUAAAAAUAGUCAAGGAUAGAAGCAGCUCAGAAACGACCCUCUCUGCUGCUCAAGUCCAGGAAUAGAGCUCUAAUGAAAUCCACAAACUCGUCUCCAUGCAGCAGCAGAGGAGGAAUAGUUCAGUCUUUUCUCUUUCUGCUCCUCCAUUUGAAGUUAAAAUGACUUUUUAUUCCUAUAUCUGACUGUUUGUUUCUUCUGCUGCAGCAAGCGCCCGUCUGGGAGAUCACAGGGGCGGAGUUUUCCAAGUCAGAGAUGCACACCGCUGAUGGCAUCUCCAUCCGCUUCCCUAGAAUGACCCGCAUCCGCGAUGACAAGGACUGGAAGACGGCCACAAACCUGACCCAGUUAAAGGUAGGAGACCACCUCCAUGACAACAGGGUGACCAUACGUCCUCUUUUACGUGGACAUGUCCUCUUUUCUGGAGGCUGUCCGGCUUCAUCUGGGGAAGUUUAUAAAAUCCUUUAAACAUCCGCCUUUUUGUCUGGAAGUUUUAAGUUUGUACUGACCCGACCCAAAAUACUCCCAAAAUGUACUUCUCUGUGACUCUGCCCCGCGCAGUCGCGUCCUCUUUUUGGGGAUUCAGAAUUCACUGUUAUAUUUAAACACGGUUAAACAUUGAUUGUAUUUUGGGACGAUCUUUGCAUCUAAACCGCUCAAUAUCACAAUUUUUAUGGUUAGCUUAAGAUACUAAACUAAGCUGCCAUCUUUGUUAAGGGCAUCUCCACCAAUCAGAGGCCUUAAGUGCGGUCAGCUGACCCCAGAGAGUGUAACACGUAGAGCCAGUCUGGACAUUUCGGUCCAAUCCCAAACCGACCCCGACACACUCGCCCUUCUCUACAGAGUGUCACACGUAAUGAAGUUCCACUCACAGCUGUGGAGUGCGCCUCGGUUGAAAUGGGAGGGUAUAAAGAAGACGGGCAGGUAUGGGACGCCUCCUCACUCCUGACCAAUCAAAUCAAACCUCAGCACAGAGGAAGAUUUCCGACUUUAGUUUGAUCUUUCCAAACCACGUCUUUUGUGAUUAUUUUGUCAGUAAGACAAAGAUGGACACAUAUGGAACUUAUAUUAGUUUGUUGUUUCCUCCUCCUCCAUUUUUGCCGGCGCACUACCUGUAAAUCCUGCCAUAAGUGAGCACCGGUGCAGACUAGAGAUGCACCGAUAACUCAGCCGUUUAGCGUAGUACAGGAUAAAGGCUUGGUAAAUCUGAUGAAACACCCGACUUGGUAAUUUGUACCGUGGACUCAGGUGUUUCACCGGAUUUACGAAGCCUUUAUCCUGUACUACGCUAAACGGCUGGUCCUCCAGGGCCACGAGCUCCAUUAUUUUCCUAGUGGUGGCUUUGGACUUUUCAGUGCUGAUGUCGAACAUAUGAGCCACGGCGGAGGGUUGUUGUGGUCGCUGCGACUCUGCUGCAUCCCUCCUCUUAGCGGCAGCUUCGUCCUUAUAUUUGCUAAACACGCCUGGGUGCUUCUUUUCCAAGUGGCGUAUUAAGUUUGUUGUUCCAAAUGUCUUAGGCGUUGAUUGGUACAAACUACCAAGUAGGCGGUACUUUUCUGACACAGCGCUGCCAGAGUCGUUUGAGAGAGGUACUGGAGGGGUAGUCAAUAAAUUACAUUGUACCAGGCAAAUGCUGGGACGUUUUUGAAUGUUGUUUGAAUGUAAGUUAGUUAUUGACCUGUAAACUGGACUGAAUGUUAUGGUCAGUGUUGAAAAUAAAUCUGCUCAGGAGGCACUGUUGACACUCUCACUCUAUUUCGUAUUUGUGAGGUUUUAUUCUUGAAAAGGGGCGUUAUGAUAGCAUAUAGCCUACCAUUAGUUGUGCUUUUAAUUGCAGUUAAGCAAAAUGUUGUCUGGGAGAGGGGUACUUAAAUUAAAAUUGGGAAAACAAAUAUGGUGUCUAUUAUAUGAUUAUAAUUAUUUCUCAGAUAGAAAAUCGGUAUCGGAAAAAUCGGUUUUGGCAGGUCAGACCUCCUUUAAAACCGGAAAUCGGUAUCGGCCAAGAAUAUUGCAAUCGGUGCAUCUCUAGAUUGUCGGCCAUGAUUGUAGUCUUACUUCAGCUUACAUUACUUUGAAAGGGUCGUUAUUUUCCAUCACAGCCGCAGUGCUAAAGUAGUGUGUGCCAAAAGGGACAAAAAGGUCAAAGAUGAAAGCCUCAAAAAUGACUGAGUGUUCAAACUUUCACUUCUUUUACUUUUGGAAAAACUCUGAAUUUAACAAAAACCAGAUUUAUUUCCCAGCUGCACCUCCUUUAUCAAAUUUAUGAAAAUACAUCAUUCUUCUAGUCGCAGCUAUAACAGACUUUGUUGAUGUGAAGGCGUCUCCUAACUGGUUAUUUUUUCAGAGGUCUCCUAACCAAAGGUAGGAUAUCGGCGUAUCGACUCUAACAGAAGCGUUUCCAGCUCCUGCAUCAGUGUCAGACUCAGAUUAGGUCGAUAAUUGUGUUAAAAUUCAAUCUUUUUCCUGCUUCACAGAUUAGAUAACGGCUCAUUCAAGGACAGAACUCACAGAGGAGGUGAAGUUACCUGAGGGCAGAAGCAAUUAUCCUGAAAGAUGGCGCUGAUAUCUGUUCGCUGCCUGAUACUAGAUACACAAAGUUUUUGACCUCGGCGUGUUUGUUGUCGUUUUCAUUUUUCAUCUGGGGGAUGAUGGACGGCGGGUGAGAGAGGACAAUAUGAUAAAAGUGAGGGGAGGAGAGAAAGUGAACAAAGCUCCUCUGUGACUGCAUGAGUUAAGUGAUUUAAAUGAGGAGGACCAAAUUAGCAGUCAGAGUUCUCCUCCAAACCUUGAUGAACGAGCUGAAAUAUCGUCCGAGGCGAUAAAACACGCCUGCGCUAAGUAACAGCCGCCCGCCUCUUUAAUCUGCCAUGACACCCGACGUUACAUCUCUCCGCUGUUGUCACGCCAUCCCUCUGCUCAGGAGCUGUACCGCAUAUCCAAGGAGAACUGCGACUUCACGGUGACGGCCGGACCGUCUUCCUCCAACGACGACAAGGGCUCAUCAGGAGGGGACAGCGGGGGGAACUCGCCGUCGUCCUCGUCACGUGGAGGCGGAGGCGCGACGCCCAAGAAGGCCGGUAAGUUAACGAACCGAAACUGGAAGCUUCACUGAGUUUUCCUGCUGCAGGAAUGGUGGUGAUGGUGAGGAUUUACCCAGAAGCCUUAAAGUGACCCGUUACUGUCAAACUGCCCGUUUACUGUUAGCCUGUUUAGUCAAGUCAUUGCAGACGUGUUAAAGGCGCAGUGAGGAGUUUUUACAGACGAACAGGUGUUACACUUUUCAUGGUUGACGAUCUGAGAAACAGUUGAAAGAAACUGAGCCGUAGAGGCAGAUUAGAAAAAAGCGUCCCCCCACCCUCCACACAAACCUCUCCCCUCUGUGCUCCACCAUAACUCCGCCCCCUGAACCUGUAUCACCCUCCCCACGACACACCCCCUCUGAAGAUCCUACGCUAGCUUCAAGAGUCAUAGAAACGAGUUUCAUAAUAAUUACCGAUCGUCAACCGUGACUUUAACCUCCGUAUGACUCACAGACGUCAGAAGUUCCUGUAUUUUCAGUGAAGUCAUAAAACAAACAGUUUCAGAAAGGUUGGUGUUUAUUUCUCUGUAAGAUGAAGGUCAUUAAAACAGGAAGUUCAAGUAAAACCAGACUAAAUCAGUGAUGUCACUGCGUGAUGCUCAUAUGAUUGAUGUUCAUUUACAGGUGGCGGCGGUGGCGGUGGCGGUGGCAGCAGCAGCACACCCAAACCAAAGGCGGUCAAAUCAGAGCCUCGUACUCCGGGCUCAGACGCUCCCUCUGCUAAGAAGGUUUGUGUGUAACUCCGCCUGAUGUAACCUGACAUCAGACCGAUCGAAGCGUCAGCUGAAGGUUUUUCUGUCUCCUCACCAGGUGAAGAAGAGUGAAAGUGUUCAGAGUAACGGACAAACAAAAACCAAGACCACGUCUCAGCUCCUGCAGCCCAGGAACGACAAGGUCAGUCUAUGAGCGCGUCCGCAUCCAGACUGUUUACAGAGUCCUAGACUGGAGUCCAGGUCCUGAGUCUGAGUCAGGGCGAAGUCAGAUCACCGCUGUGAUUAUUAGAGGGAGGAGAGCUGACCGCAUGAGUCUGAACUGAAACUUUAAUACCAAACAUCCUGGACUCUGUCGUUACUAACUUUACUCUUAGACUCGGUCACAGUCGGCCGUCUAAGUCGUCUAUCUUCAGCUCGUUUCAUCAUUUCUACGUUUUUUUAGUUUGACUUCGUCUCUUUUCUGCGCUCCCCUCUUUCUUUCUUUCUUGCAUGCACUAUAACAUGUUCAGAGUCAAACUGCAUGAUCUGUUGCAUCUCCUGAAGCCUCCUAGAAGAUCCUGCAGCUGAUCGAGACGUUGUGUGAAAGCAGGUAAACAGCAGAACAAGAGACUCAGGGACUGAAGACUAAAGAGAGAAGUUCCUGGAGAUAAAAGUUCGUUGUCUUUGGUCAAAAAGCAUCUCAAGUCAUGAACUGUUUCGGACUUUUGGGGGUUAAUGUUGGUGCCAAAGAACCAAAACUUGAGGAAGAAAGCAGAACUUUGUAGGAAAUGUUAGACUUGUGUUUGAACUGAAAACAUCAAAGAAAAUUCAGACCAAAGUUUCUUUUUAUAAAACAUCAGAUGUUCUCGGUCCAGCUGCUCCUGACUCCUGUCCUCCUCUCCUCCUCCUCCUGCAGACUCUCCUGGACAUCUUCAGCGGGGUGAAGCUCUUCCUGCCCGUCUCAGUGCAGGACUUCGACAAACUGAGGCGCUACUUUGUGGCGUACGACGGAGACCUGGUGGCGGACUACGACGCCGCCUCGGCCACGCACACUCUGGCUGAACCUGAAGAGGACAGCCACGCCCAGAAAGUCUCAUCCAGCUGGAUCUGGGAGUGUAUCCGCAAAAGGCGCGUGGUCCCCCCCUGUUAACGACAAAACAGAGACUCAAAGUUCUGAACCACAUGAACACUCUUUUUAACCGACCCAAUUUCUCUUCAUUCCCUCCAGAACUUUCUCGGGUUUUUAAACACUUGUAAUAAAAGUGGACUCCUACGGUCCACGUUUGGUUUUGGGGACUUCAGUUUUUACCGCUCCGGCUGUAAAAUUCAGACACAGAUGCAGCCGAUGAAAAGAGUCUGUUUGAGCUUGAACUGUACAGUAGAUGUAGAGUUUUGUAUGGACAUUUUCUAGUAGUUAAAGAGUUAAAUCUGCAACAUGAGUCCCAGUAAAUCAUGGAAACCAAUUUACAGAGAAAUCAUGAAACAUAAAUCUCAGUCCGGACCGGUGAAUGAGUAAGCAGGGUGUUCCAGCAGCAGCGGCAGCGGCGUUGGUUUUUACGGCCUUUGUUAAACAUUUAGCAGGUAUUAAAGUCUGUGCAUGAGCUGAAGGAAACCCAAAUGUGUCUGCCGUUAGAAAUAAACAAACACUGAUAAAGACAAUAAAGACGUCUCACUAACAUCACUCUGACGCUCUCUCCUCUGCUAAUUGUGUUUGUAGGGAUGAACGGCUCUGAAAACGACCUCUUACAGACAUGAUGGAUCCGUCAAAGAUCAUGUGAGGAGCAUUAAGGCGGCUCUCCUCCUCCUCCUCCUCCUAAACUUAAUACAUUAAACAUCAUCCACUUUAAACCCUAAGACUCUCUGCUGCAGCCUCCCAACUCUGAAC